UAUCGGAAACGACUGGACCGCCGGUAGAAUAAAAAUAUAUAUAGCAGAGGCAAUUCAGCGAAAAUGGAAGAAACUGGAGAAACGCGCUACGUCCGCCAUGCUUCUCAAAACCACCCUCCUACUAAUUCUAGGCGUCGCCACACGAUUAUCGAUUUCCCAACGCCUCGAUGGAAACGAUUCCAUCCUUCCCCUGACAAAUGUGCGAAAGGAGCCCAACGAAAACUUCGUGCUGGUCAAUCCAAAGCAAGUGCAGCCUCUGGAGACGACGAUUCGUCGCUUCCUGUCCAGGGUGGCCACGCCUGUGAAGAGACCUAUCGUGCUUCGAUCCAAGAAGAACGAUCUCCAAUCGACCAUUCGAGAAAUGUGCGACUCCGUGCGCAAGAGACUAAUGCAAUUUGCGAAUGACUGCGGACUGACGACCACUGUUAGAAGAUACGAACAGGAUCCGAAUAACGUUUCGCUCUCCGAGGACUGGUUCUCCGAGGUUUUGCUACAGGGGGCGUACCUCCUGCGCGAUCUAGGGGGCAUGAUCAACGAGAUCGAGGGCGGAAUCGAUCAGUAUGUUGGAGAACGCAAUACUACGCAUGGUAUCAAGAAACCAUUCGAAGAAGAUGGCCUCCAGUUCCUGGGUGUCGUGUACGACACAGCAGACUUUGGCGACAGGCUAUCGCAGUGCCUCAUGCAGAUGACGAGCGAGGGCUACAGAAGACCCUUCAACCUCAACCAAGCUAUCUUGGAAAUCAGCAAGAACCCGCCAGGAAUCGCUUUGCAGACUUUAAAAUCCAACUUGGACAAGGCUUUACUCAACGAUUCGAAUAGAAAUCGACGCCCACGAAGGUCCUGGAGAGUCUACCUCUGUCACGCUAUUAUUAAGGGCGAAGGACUCCGUUUGGAGGAUUGCAUGCGCGAGCUGCAGGGCCUGGAAAGGUGUCUGCAUGGGUUGCAACAACGUUCUCGGGGUAAGGAGAAAGCUGGCGAGAGGAGCUCGUGGUCGAAGGCGAUCCAACGGUUGAGCGAUUGCAAGGUCCGGGUGGACGAGCAGGGGAAGGUACUGGUGUCCUGCAAAGCCAACCGUGGAACGGCUAGGACGAUCAAGCAGAAGAUGAGGUACGUGUUCGAGAGGAUCCUGGAUAAGAAGAUACCAAGACGGUCGCCACUGCAUAGGGCUGCCAGUGAUCUUGGCGAGAGUUUGUCUGGGAGCAGGUUGGGACGCAGGUUCGUCGACGAGCUGUAUCAGUGCUUUGGGAUCUACGACGAUGGCCUGAGGAAGCUGAAGAGACUGGAGGCUUCCAAGGCGAAAGACAAGGCGGCUGUGGCGAGGCGCAAGGAAAUCUCCAGAGCGCUAUGGGUUUACAAACGGGGAGUAUUCAUGAGAACAUUUGGCGCCAUUGGGAAAAUGCAUCGUUCUGCUACCGGGCUGGAGACGUUCCUCGUGAAAGGGAUCACUGUGGCCCUCAACGAGACCUGGCAGAGCCAUGUGAAGAUUCUGUCCAGCAUGAUAGAGUGGAUGACCAAGCUUAUGGAGCUUCACGUAGUUGGAAAUGGUGGAAACGGGCAGACGGUGUUGGAAUCCAGCGUGGAGGUUGAAGAGUCGAACGAAGACGAAGAUUCCAAUAUGGAGGAGAGUUCCGAGGACCAGUGGGGACGGACUUUGGCUCGAUCCAAAACUGAGAUUAUGAAAAUGGCGGACACCUCCAUGAAGGACUUAAUGGCGACCAUGAAUCGCGUGAGCCGACAGAAGAGCUCUAAUAACACAAGCAUGCUGGCGAGCCUGGCGAAUAAUCUUCUACUGGUCACGAUGUUUAUGGAAACCAUGGGUUUCGUUUCCACUUUGUUCUGCUUUGGACAAGCCAAUAGCGAGGCAAAUUCCAUCAUUUCUGACGACCGGUGGGAACGCACGCGUCGAUCGCUGGUCUCUUUGGAUGAACGAGAAGAUAUCGAGUUAUCUUCAGAGGAUCGUUUGUUACUUGAAUUUUAUGAAAAUAAGACGACGGUGGUCCUCAAACGUUAAAAAAUUAACUCUCCAAAAUGUAGAAAUGAUGCAACUUCUGGUGCUUGGGAAAAUUGUAGUCGAGUGUAAAUAAUGAAAAUAGAAAUCCAAUCUUGUGUAUCUCAUUGUAAUUUACUGAUGUAUUUACCGAAUAAAGAAAUAAAAAUUAUUCUCU